GCAAAAAUAUGUGAUGAAUCAAAAAAGGGAUGUUGAUCGAAAAACGGACUGCAUAAAUUAUUUUAAAAGGCAAGUGCUGAAUUUUUAAUUUAGUUUUUAAAAAAUUCUCGUGAUUAAAAAAGGGUAAUCUUUCAUUUUUAGUUUUUUAGAAAAUUUCUGGAUAUCAAAAAAAUUUUUUUCAAAUUAUUUUUUUAUUUUCCCCUUAUUUUUUAGGUAAAAAGCCAUAAAAAUGGCUUGAGCCGUGCCAGGAUGGGUUGUUCUACUACCAACAUUAUGCAGUGUAUAGAUGUGUUGAUGGGCAUAAAAUGUUUCAAAAUUGCGUUCCAUUAAAUGAACCACAUUCACUAGCAAUAGCAAUCAAUUCAACUUUAAUAACUCCACAUUUUCGUUCUAUUUGUGUUCAAUAUGCUCCGGACAGUGUUCAAUUUUUACGAACACAUUGUGUUGAAGGGACCAGAUUUAUGAAGCCAAACACAAAUUUAGAAUUUUCAAAUCGCCGUGUUGAAUGUUUAUUUGACCGAAAUAUUCAAACUCUUCGUAAAGUGGUUGUUCGGAAACGACUUCGUCGAGUAUGCCGUCACAAAAAGGAUGCCAAAGUGGAAGAAAAUGUUCAUUAUAUUUGUAAAAACAAUGCUUACUGGCCUGACUGUUAG